CUCUCUCUUUCUGCCACUUUCCUCUGCAACUGUUGAAAUCUCUCUCUUCUUCUUCUCUCUCUCUAUCGGUUUCUUUGAUUCCUCCGUACUUUAUAAUCCGCCAGCGAAGUAGCUCAAUCCAGCUGAAUUACGGUUUCUCUCUGGCACUCCUCUGCGAUCGGUUCAUCUCUCUUCUGCCUAUCUCGGUUGGGCUUGGAUUUCGCGUCCGUUUCUCCGUUUUUCGGACCUCCGAUGGCCGUGGAAGACGACGUCGAGAGCUGCGCGAGCAGGCCGGCGGACACGUCGGCGCAGACGCAGCCCCGGGAUCAGAGGCAGAAGCUCGAGGCCUACAACGAAGUGCUCCGUCGCCUGCAGGCGUCGGAUUGCGAGGAGGCUCAUGUCGCCGGGUUCGACGAUGAGCUCUGGCUCCACUUCAAUCGCUUGCCUGCGCGAUAUGCAUUGGAUGUGAAUGUGGAGAGAGCAGAUGAUGUGCUCACGCAUAAGAGACUACUCAAAUUGGCUGAAGAUCCAGCUAAUCGGCCCGUGUUUGAUAUUCGACCUGUCCAAGUUUAUCCCAAUGUCAAUGGGAACCACAAUGAAUCAGUUGAUUCGGAUUCUGCCAUGGCUGAUGAUGCUCAAAGUAGUCUAAAUCAUUCUGGUAGAGCGGGAAUUCAUCUACCACCUACAUUUGGUUCAUCGAGUAAUCUCGAGGGACUCAACUUACAAGCAAAUAGAUACAACAUUGAGGAUGGAGACAGUGUAGUGAAGUCAGAUGCACAACUUUCUAGGCCUAUGCAUGAAAUUACUUUCGCAGCUCUUGACAAGCGAAAGCUAUUAAGUGAGCUCACUGCCUUGCUUGCUGAGAUUGGACUUAACAUCCAAGAAGCUCACGCCUUUUCAACUGCUGAUGGGUUCUCUCUCGAUGUCUUUGUAGUUGUUGGUUGGCACUCUGAGGAAGAGGAACUUAGGAAAGAAGUGGAGAAAGGAAUUCUAAAAUUGAAGCAGGAGCAGGUUUGGCCAAAACAUCGUUCUAUACCAGCCCCAGGCGAGCACAACCAAAAUGAAACUGAAUGUUUUCCAGAAUGUGUUGAAAUUCCCACAGAUGGAACUGAUGUAUGGGAAAUAGAUCUGAGGCAGCUAGAUACUGGAGUUAAAGUUGCUUCUGGAUCAUUUGGUGAUUUGUAUAGAGGUACAUAUUGCGGUCAGGAAGUGGCUAUCAAGAUCCUAAAGCCUGGACGUGUCAACACUGCCAUACUGAGAGACUUUGCUCAGGAAAUUUAUAUAAUGAGGAAAAUCCGACACAAGAAUGUUGUGCAAUUUAUAGGUGCAUGUACCCGCACACCAAACCUAUGCAUUGUGACGGAAUUCAUGUCCAAAGGAAGUAUAUACGACUUUCUACAUAAGCAGAAUGGUGCGUUUAAGCUUCCUUCUCUACUUAAAGUGGCUGUUGAUGUCUCCAAGGGGAUGAACUAUUUGCACCAGAACAAUAUAAUUCACCGGGAUUUGAAGACUGCCAAUCUUCUGAUGGACGAAAACGAGGUGGUUAAAGUGGCAGAUUUUGGGGUUGCCAGGGUGCAGGCUGAAACUGGAGUAAUGACGGCUGAAACGGGAACAUACCGCUGGAUGGCCCCAGAGGUAAUUGAACACAGACAGUAUGACCACAAAGCAGAUAUUUUUAGCUUUGGCAUAGUAUUGUGGGAGCUUCUGACUGGAGAACUUCCUUACACCUACUUGACCCCUCUUCAAGCAGCUAUUGGAGUAGUACAAAAGGGUCUCCGUCCUUCCAUUCCGAAGGGCACUAUCCCAGAACUUGCAGAACUACUUCAAAGAUGCUGGCAGCAAGACCCCAAGAGAAGGCCCAACUUCUCCGAAAUCUUGGAGAUCCUUCAGCAGAUAGCAAAGGAGGUUGGAGAGGAAGGGGAAGAUAAGCGUAAGGACAAAUCGUCGGGCGGAUUCUUUUCGGCAUUCAAAAGGAGCCAUCAUUGAGGUUGAAACUCUAGAGUCUGUAUACAUUCUACCAUCUAAUGGUAUAGCAUGAUGCUUAUGACAACAGGGUAGCUGCAUUUUGUACAGAAUUUGCCUGCGUGAUUAACUAAAGUCGUUGCGAUUGUUUGCCUCUUCUUUUGGGAGCUUAAGUAAUUGCCAUAUUCUUUUAUACCCCCCAAAAAACAAGAGGAAGGAAAUGGGAAAUAGCUCCUUUUGUCC